AUGAGCGAGUCAGUAGCCGUAGAGGAAGUCCAGGAAUCCGCAGCGGUUUCUCUUAAGGAGCUUAUAACCUCGCUCUCGGUGAAAUCUCGCAUAGAGCGAAAGCGAAGUCUGGCCGCCCUGUACGCACAGACCAAAGAUCCAGCCACGAUCUCCACUCUCAUCGGAACAAAAGACAAUCUCGACAAGGUCGGCACCUUCCUCGAAUCUUGUCUCCGCAGCUUACUCCCGAAUGACCUCCCUUCCGUCCAAGACGUUCUGCAAAACUUUGCUACCUAUAAGCUUGGUCAAUCCGUCCUUUCCUCACUCGCCGAUUCGAGCCCUUCACAGGUCGAUCCAGAAUUAUCCACCUCACUGUCCAGUCUCACUACCCUCCUGGCCAACGACAACAAUUCCUUUCCCAUUCUCUCAAACCUCGGGCUCCUCACCUCCAUCACUAAGGCACUGUCUAAUACGCCUUACGGCGACUGGACAGAUCCUUCAACUCACGUGCUCUUCGAUAGUAUCGUCCGAUAUGUGCUAGGACUGUCUUCCUCGCAGCAAGGGUUACAGAUUUUGACGAGCGAGCUUGGAAGAAAAGAGUUGAAACAGGCUUGGAUGCACAUAUUCUUUGGACAAGGCAGACCGUGUCCGGAGGAUGUUCGUAGUGCACGAGGGAUACUCACUUUACGCCUGACUACCCUCAACGCAGAGAAUAUACAAACGGACGUAAAGGCAGAGGACUUUGCGGUUAGUUCUGGGUUGCUGCUGGAUACUUGGAGGAAAUGCGAGACGUUACAAGGUUUAUCAGAGGAUGGAGUUGCGAUUGGGGAUGAGCAUGUGGGUCUUGCGAACCAAGUUUUGCUUGACCUGGCGGGAUUUUCUGUGUAUGAGUGUGGACGGGAAGCAGUGACGAAUGUAUUCCUGAAUGGGGCUUUCUUGGGUUUGUUAAGGCGGUUGCAAGAGGUCCAAGAUGAUGUCCAUAGGGAACUUCUUGACAACAUCAUUGGAGUGAUCCAAGAAACUGCGAUCGUCUUCGCCAAUCUGUUUACUCCAUCACUCGUCACGCAAGCCAUCAUGCUGUCACCGCCAGUUUUCCAAAUUGCUUCGCCAGCUCUGGACACCCUCCCAGAUCGCCUCAAAGUCUGCUUCGAAGCAAUCGACCAACCUCGCCGUUUACGCAUUGAUAAAACCUUUGUCGCCUACCUCACCCUCGCACUCUCCCACCUCCUCCAAGACGACGCAGCCGAGGUAUCCCAUGCACACGCCGCUCUCAACCCACCCGUCUCCCUUAUCGGUUUUCUUUGUCGUCUUCUGGAUGAAAUUGGCAAAGCAUUUAGGGUCGCGGUAAUUCGUGAGCCGGAGCAUAUUCAGGCCGAGGGCGUGGUGAAGAUUAUGCGUGUUCCGAGACCGGCAAAUGUUGAUGUUGUGUUUACGAGGCAAGACGUGGGAUCGGAGAGGGAAUGGCAUGGGACGGUGCAGUGGAGGAGGCAGUUGAUUUCCGUCUUGGGGCUCGGGCAGAGAUUGAUGAACAACGUGGUUGAGGGGUGUUACAGUACUAAGAACUACAAACCGGAUCCACUACCAGCUGGCGAGGGUCUUAGUGAAGGUACGAAGUGCUCGAUAACACACUUGACUGCCAUGUCGAGCAUGAUCCCUUUUGAGAUUCUGCAGAGGUGCGAGCAGCAGAUGAUCUGCGACGGUGCUGUGAUUGCUGGCAAACAUGCCGUCCUGCGGACAUUGGAGUUGCUCACGUCAAUUCGCGUGCCACGCAGCAAGGAUACGGCGAAGCCUGUUCAAGCCGUGGGGGCGUACAUCACGGAGUCUGGGUCUGGUGGAGCAGUAGUGAGCGUCAUACUCGAACAAGCUGAACGAAGUAUCGUUGGUGUCGAGACUGCUUUCGAGCUGUUGAAGCACGUCCUCCCUUACGAAGACACCACAUCCACCGGCGCCAUCACGAUCUUGAGGAAUUGGUGGGCUAAGGAGCUGAUCCCCAUUCGCGCUGAGAUCGGAUUGUUCGUCGCCAAGUGGGCAUCUGCCCCAGCCAUGGCCUCUAUCGUCUUCUCCUUGAUUCACUGCGGCUCAUCCGAAAUUAUUGAAGCUGUUAUGGCGUCCCUCCUUGAUGCAGUGGACGGGGUUGAUGGAAAUGCGGUCGCUGCAAUGGGGCUUUUGCGUGUCAUUAGUUAUAAUACUGAGAUAUUCGACAAGCUGCAGUCAGCAUUGCGGAGAAGUCGGAAGAGUGGGUUGGCGCCAUGGUUAGAUGAGUUAACGCAGAGAAAUCCCGCGUUACGAGGGGAGAUCCAAGCAUUGAAAAAGUCUCUCGCACUCGGACCUGGUGUGAAGGAUGAUAUGGAGGUGGUGUAUGAACCGCCAGCACCUACUCGGGUGCCGUGGAAUCUAGCAAACUACAUACCCGGCCCCACCGGCGAACGACCACAAAGCUCCGGUCAAGUUCAGAUCUUGCCAGGACAGAUGCUUCCGCCGGCUAUACACCGCCGUGCGAGCUCGACGAGUACUGGCGCUGUCAACCCUAACACCGUAUCCCCCAACCGAAGCACUUCACACUCGCCAUUCUCCGGGACGAUGCCACCACCAUCGAUGUCCAUGACCCCCGUUACGCCGUUACCUGGUGACAUGGUACCGUUUCUAAACGUACCCAUGGGCGGUGGUAUGAUGCCGCCGCCAAUGAUGGGCAUGAACAUGGGCAUGGGCACGGGAAUGGGAGGAGGAAUGGGCUCGCAGCAGGUCCAGCAGAUGCAGGCGCAACAAACGCAGCAAGUGAGGAUUAUGAGGGCCAAUACGAGUCGGCCGCCGAGCAAGCAUGUCGAUGAGUAUGAGGGGUAUGGGCCCGGGUAG